AUGCGCCUGCAGCACAUGUUGCUGUUGAGUGCCGCGGCUCUUUCAAGCGCUAAUGCCACCAUGACCAUGCACUCACCAUUACCUGGUCAUCUCGCCAUUAGGCAUCUGAGGGCUGACUCCUCUUCGAAUGAUGGCAGUGAAGAGAGGGCAUUUCCCACUCUGGACAAGGUUGUAAACUCGCUCAAGUCCACCUCCGACAAAGCUAAGGAGAUAAAGGCAUGGAGCAAGGCUGGGCACUCGUCGGCGGACAUGUUCGUGUUUUUAAAGCUGGAUGAGGCGGGGACAAGUCUUUUCAACAAGCCACAGUUCAUGCUGUGGGUGAAGCACGCUGCGAUGAACGAUACGCCGGAACAAAUGUACACGCAGCUGUCGAGACACGUCAACUAUGAAGAUCUUGUGACCAUGAUUCAGGCAGCGACCAAGGUGGAGAGCACGAAAAAAAUCGCCAAUAAACUGGAAAAGGCGCAGUUUGACAUCGGAAGAACGCCUAUGACUGUUGUUCGACAUGUUUUCAGCAAGCAUAUUCGUCUUUGGGGGAGUGAUCCGGCGUGGGGCUAUCGGGAAAAGUACAUAAAGUACUUGAAGAAGCGGGGACUAACGAAGCUUGCAGAAUUAUAG